AUAAAAAGAAACAUUCGAACGCGGCAAACAACAUCAAAACAAACACGGGCAAUCCAGACAGGAGUCAAAACAAAGAAAAUCGUUGACGAAAGCAUUGUGAAAUGCAAAGGAAAAGCAGAGAACAUGGUGGUAGACCUAUUGUUCCGAUUUUUGGUUGUCGAAAACGUCAACGCCAAGCUGUUUACGCUGAUCCACUAGAUCUACGAAGUAACGAUGAUGAUGAUGUUAUUUUCUUUACCAACAGUAUACCCUAUCCCGAGCAAGAAAUUACAGCCAAAUCCAAGGGGAAAUUUAUUUACAACCCAUCUGAUAGAAGAACAGAAAAUCAUUUAAUAAAUAAUAAUAGUAAAAACGAGUUCCAUUUUCCGGCUAAGAAGAACCAAAUGACAGAAAGAGAGAAGUUUUCAUAUCAGCCACAACAUAAUAAAUUGCCGUUACUUCCUCCUCCCUCAAGAAAUAGAAAUAAUACAUUGCAAAAAUUCUCCUCAAACAGGAAUUCUUGUUGGAACUUCAAAACACCAGAACACAUCCAAACAAACAUCACAACAGGCAAGAUCAAUAAACCAAUACCAGCAACCAACGAUAAAAAAUGCGUAUUAAAAAAAAGAACAACCAUGGUGACCAGAGUCAUAACAUCGUCAAUACAAGGAAUAGAAUUGUGGAGAGAUUUAAGCGACAAAGCUUUGUUGAUGUUUGAAAUAUUCGGUGUACUUGAUUCGACCAUACCAUAUCACGCAGCAGAUGCAGAGAAAAUGUUCACCUUGAAAAACAAUACAGCCAAUAUUAGGUGUAAAUUUUGGGAAAUAGAUCGACGAUUGCCGAAGAUAGGUAGAGGAACAAGAAUAAGAUGUGUGGGAAAAUUAAAUGAUAGUUAUUUCCAUUGUGUAUCUUUACGUGUUGCAAAUACAACUGAACUGAGAAUACUACCCACGUUGCUACAGAAGUCUGAUCACGUAUUACAUGAUGAGAUUUUAACUGACAGAGAGAUGUAAAUCGUAAAUUCUAUUAUUGUUAGCGCUUUUUUGUCUGGUUCUGUAAACGCUCCGUUAUAUCAAGUGCGAGUACAGUACCGGAAAUGAGAUUACUUUAAACUUCAAUUUCGCUUCAAGAUAGUAAAUAUAAGGUAGAACAUGAAAUUUUCUACGUAAUUGUUUGUAAAAAGUAGUACGAUUUAUAUGGUUUUCUUUUCUUAUUCUGCAUUGUUAAUUAUUGUUGCUGUGACCAUUUCUUUCCGGAAUCCUGGUUCUCGAAUACAGAAAGUUUUAACUGUGACGGAUAUUAAUUUCUACCAAUGUUAUUUAAUCGUCGCAUUUUGAAAAUGUGAAAUAAAUUGUUUCUUUGAUGUUACAUCUGUUAACGUUAAUUGUGUUAUGGUUUGAAUGAUGAUUUGUCAAGUCGCAUUGUUGCAAAGUCUUAUCUCCAUUAGACAAAAUAAUGAUGAUAAAAUUAUCGUCAGACAAUCAUAUAAGCCUUGUGGAGACGAGUCUUAACGAAAUUGCAGCUAAAUUUAAAAAAUCUAUGAAAUUCAGAACAGAAAAAAUAUGUAAAGCUGAUAGCUUAAAUUGUUUAAUCCAGAUCUUUUUCAUGUGUUAUUUGUUGUUGUAGUUAUUUUUGCUAUUGCUGUUGUGUUGUUAUAGCAAGUUUUGCAAGAGUUUCCAAACAUUUAGCUUAAUAAGUAUUCAAUAUGCCUGAA